UAUCCAUGAGGACGAGGAUCUGAGUCCGGAGCAGAAAGCAGAGCGUGAACGUGAGAGGAGGAUGGCCAACAACGCUCGGGAGCGUCUGAGGGUCAGAGAUAUCAAUGAGGCUUUCAAGGAGCUGGGACACAUGUGUCAGCUUCACCUCAAGAGCGAAAAACCCCAAACCAAACUGCUAGUGCUGCACCAGGCUGUGGCCGUCAUCCUGAGUCUGGAACAACAAGUCAGAGAGAGGAACUUGAACCCAAAAGCAGCCUGUCUUCGGAGACGAGAGGAGGAGAAGGCUGCAAUCAUGUCUGAUCCUCAGUCCAUGCAUUUAGCUUUCCACCCUGGACUUACAGACCCAGGGAACCCAAUGGGCCACAUCUGAAAACAAACAAGAUACACAAGGAGAUAGAGAUCUUUCUGAAUUUGGACCAGUGGAGAGUUUGACUUCUCCAUGUGAUGCAGUUGAACAAUCAUCUCCUCGCUUCCCAAACAAACUUCUUACAUUGUGCCUAAACGUAAUAGACAAAAGCAUUGUACACUGCAGAUAUUUUUUAUGUAUAUAUCUUGUUAAUAUUUCAGUUUGAAUAUAAAGUAAAAGAACAUGUCAUCUGCAGUUUUUGAUGUAAUUCAGAAUCAUUUUUACAGUGUGUGUGAUCCAAGGGUGACGGACAUUCCUACAUUGGUGUGUUAAGAUUUCUUUUGCCCUGUGUGUUUGUGUGAGCGAGUUUUGCAGGAGUUUUGACCAUUCUGUGAAUGAACUAUCUCCAGGAAUGUCCCUAAUGUGUGUGCAUUACAAAGUAUACAGUAUAUUUGUGGUUAUAUAUUUGUGUUUUAGCAUUGGCUAAUGAAACAUCUCUCGACAUCUCUGUAUAACUAUGGCUACUAGAGCUAGAUCAUGUCUUUUGUAAAUUAUUAAGUUAUCUUUUAUACAAAUAUUUUAAGUAUUACUCUGUAAUAACAUCAUCAUUGUUGUUUAUAUUUCUUUUCUUAUGUUUUCUAGAAGUAGCCAUAUUUUCUGAGCAAUAUGUCCCCAUGUGUUUUUGCUCCUUAUAACAUGAACAAUGCUCAAAAACCUAAAAGUAAUCUGAAAUACUGUAAAGUAUGUGUACAGUUUGAAGUAGCCUACAGGCAUGUGUCAUAACAAAUUGUAGCAAUAAAUGUCUUUUUACAAAAA